UGGUUCCUGCUGGCUGAAGGUCUGACAUCAUCAUCAUCAUCAUCGUCAUCGUCAUCGUCAUCGUCAUCGUCAUCAUCAUCAUCGUGCAGACCAGAACCAGAACCAGAACCAGAACCAGUCAGCUCCAGUUCAGACAGGAUGUUCCGGUACACUCCUCCCUGGCAGGUUCUGUGUCACAGUCUGGACCAUGACACCAAGAAACCCUCGGCAGUUGACCGUCAGGAUGUUCUGACUCCUCAGAGUUUCCAAACAUCGAGCUCCGUUCAGCGUCUUCCUCCAUCAGAACCUCUGCCCGCCGCCGGCCACGCAGCUCCUCCUGCCACCAUGGACAGCGUCCCCCGGAGGUGGGUGCUGAAGCCGCUGUCCCCCCUGCUGCAACCCUCAGACCUGCGCACCAUCGCCGGCCCCCCCCGCAGCGACUCCUCUGACCUCGACGAUCCGGUCUUCACCUCUGACAGCAUCUCCGUCGCUCGUAGUCAUUCCUCGGUGGUCGUCUCCUCGCAGCAGGGUGACGGGUCCGGGGACGUGGUGGUUCAGGGCCGGCUGGUCGCGGUGUCACAGGAUGGAGGGAGCACCAGCGACGAGUGGCAUCCCAGCAGCCCCAGCAGUCCCAGCAGUCCCAGCAGUCCCAGCAGCAGCCUGGGCUCUCACUGCGGCUUCUACUCCUUCGUAGAGGAUCCGGUGAGUCCCGAAGCCGAGCAGAACGAAGCCUGGAUGGUCUCACCGCAGCGACAGACUCAGCUGGCAACCCUGAAGGAGGAGAAAGGAUUCAAACUACAGACCUACACAAGCAGCAGGAAGCCAGAGAGUCUGUUCGCAGAGAGCAACGGAGACUCACAGUACAACCUGGAUUUGAAGAACAACGUCGAAGUGGUCCGGGAGGAAGAGGAGAAGCAGCUUCGGAAGGAGAUCAUUCGCGGCCAAGCACCGAAGAAGAACCCAACAUUCAAAGAUCAGCUGGAGAAUCUGGAUCUGAUGACCCAACUGACGGAAGGGUUCAGUGUGAGCUACAGUCCUGCCAGCUCCAGACCAGAACCUCCCUGCAUUGCUGAACCCGGGAGCAUCGACAAGGAGCAGAUCAACUUCAGCGCUGCCCGACAACAGUUCCUGAAGAUGGAGCAGGACCGUCUGAUUGCGACCCCCCGCCCUCUGUGGUCCACAAGAACACAUCUGAACAUGUCUCUGCAGCCAGGUCCGCAUGUGUCCUCGUCAAAGCAGGUGGAGGUGUACGACGGCGUUGAGGUGAGCGAAGAUACAACUCCAUUUAAACCAGCAGGAGAAGAUGAGACCUACCGAGAGAGGAAGGUGACGGUGUGCCGGACUGAGGAGAGUCUCAGCCGGCAGAGCGGUGUGUUCGAUGACCUGAACUCCGGCUUGGAGGAGCUGCCUGUGGAGGUGGGCGGCGGCUACACCAGUGAUGAAGGCGUGUUCACCGACAACACUCGGCAAGAUAACAGGAGUGGCUAUGAGACCCCGAUCGAAAGGGAGAUCCGGUUGGUUCAGGAACGUGAGGAGAACCUACGACGCUUUCGGGGGCUGAAGCACAGUGACAGCAGAACAGAGAUAGUCGAGAUCAAAACCAAACGUUUACAGUCGCCGCUGACGCCCGUCAGAGCCAAAGAGAAGAACCGAGUCAGCUUCAUCAUCCAGCGUGAGAUCCAGAAGGAGAUCCAGAGGAAGGAGGAGCCUCAGCAGCAGGGAGGGAUCCUGAGACGGUACAGUCCAGAUCCUCCACAGGCCCUGGAGGAGCCUCAGGAGCAGGGAGGGAUCCUGAGACGGUACAGUCCAGAUCCUCCAAAGGCCCUGGAGGAGCCUCAGGAGCAGGGAGGGAUCCUGAGACGGUACAGUCCAGAUCCUCCACAGGCCCUGGAGGAGCCUCAGGAGCAGGGAGGGAUCCUGAGACGGUACAGUCCAGAUCCUCCACAGGGGCCGGAGGACAUAGAGGGGCAGGUUGACCAACAGGACCAGGACAAGAGGACAGAAGAAAGACUUCAGUCUGAGUUUGGAAACGCUGACGUCUUCCCGUCGCCGUGCUGUCCUCAUCGACACCCCGAAGAAACCGAGACGGACAUCAGCCAAAUGAGUUCAGCUCCUUCUUCCUUCUCUGGUAGGGACUCAGAGGUUCAGGAUACAAGAGGUUUCCGCCAAGAUCGAACAUCGACACCUCGCCGCGAUACGACCUCAACCACGCCUGGGUCCUGGAGGGAGAACCUGGAGUCCACCGGCCUGCAGUCUAGAGGACAAGGAGCUCCAGAUUUCAUCGAGAAGGAGAUCGAGGAGGCGCUGAGACGGGAGCAGGAGCUGAGGGAGCUGAGGGAGCUGAGGGAGCUGAAGGAGCUGAGGGAGCCGAGGGAGCUGAGGGAGCUGAAGGAGCUGAGGGAGCUGAGGGAGCUGAGGGAGCUGACGGAGCUGAUGGAGCCGAGGGAGGAGACUGAUGGGAAGCUCUUCUCUCCAGCUCCUCUGGUGGAACAGGCAACCAAGAUGGCCGUCAGUCAGUUCUACCCACCUGUAAACACAGAUAAACCCGUCAGUGUGUCCUCUCCUCGUCCCUUCGUCCGUCUGCCCUCCCUGUCCUUCAUCACCGCUCAGCCCUGGUCCUCCUCACCUCCCCCCCGCUCCUCCUCCUCCCCCCCCCCUCUCAGAGGUCUGACGGAGACUCUGCUGCAGGACUUUGAGGAGAGACGAGUCAAAGUGAAGCUGGAGGACGGCGCAUAUGCGGGAAUUCAGCCGGUCGACGACGUGAAUAACGAGGUCGUUGAGUCGACUCGAGUUACUCGCCAUAAGAACCAACGCGCUCUGCGCUGGGAGGCCGGGGUGUUCUCCAACCAGGCGGACCAGUGAGACCAGCUGGACCUGGACCAGAGGCUGGACCAGGACCAGAGCCUGGACCUGGACAGGACCAGGACCUGCAGGAUAACAUGGCGACUGAGAUUGAAAUUGUUUUAAACUGGAACACUCCAAAGAAA